AUGUCCGCCCGUUCGCGCAGCUCGGCCUUUCCAGCCAUCCUGGUGGCCAUCGUGCUGCUCUGCGCCAGUCCUGCACUGGCAAGGACCGAUCUGAGCGGCUGUGUCUCGACGCAGGUCAUCUUCGAGCAGUUCGCAGCCAGCCUCAUCUGGUACGUGCCCGGGACCGGCGAGAUCUGCUCCUUCAUCGACUGCGGAGGCGGGCGCGCGCCCCCGAAGACCACCGUGCCCGGCUGUGCGGGAUACGACGGCACGGCGACAGUCACGCCGAGCUUCCUCUCUGGCUUCCCCCGGGCGGCCGCCACGGGUACCGCUACCACGGCCCCGGGUGCAACGGGCGGGUUCGGAUCCGGGUCCGGGCCGGGCAACAGCGUCACUUUUCAGGGGACUACGGAAACACAUAAUCACGGGUCGCCGACCCCGACACUUCCGUCGUCCAUCACCACGCCCGUCUCGGCCGGUAACUCGGCAGCAGGAAACUCGGCGGCUGGAAACUCGGCAGCCGGAAGUUUGCCGAGCAGCGCGGCGACGGGGGCGGCCGCGGGCGGGGAUUCGUCGAAAUCGUCGACUGCCGCGUCGAGAACCUCAACCGCAGGAGCAGCUGGACCGACGCGGGCCGCGAAGGAAAUGCUCGGCGCGAUGGCAGGGUUGGCUGUUGCUGGCUUGGCCAUGGUCUAG